CCACCGCCGGGAGAACGGCUCUAAACAAAUCAUUCCGUGCCUGUGAAGCAGUACUGCGGAUCGCGACUGUCAGCUCGCUCAUGCUGCGCAUACGAUCUCUGGCUGCUGACUCCUGUAUCUAGGGGGGAAUCUCGUGUGAUACUGCCCGUGGGAAUACAUAUAAACCGCAAACAUGUCACGGCAUCACAGGACGCCGCUGAAAAACGAGGAGAGCGUGGUGGAGGUGAAGAGCAAAUUUGAGGCGGAGUACCGAAGGUUUGCCCUGAAGAGGAACAGAGCCGGGGGCUUCCAGGAAUUCUACCAACUGCUUCAGACCAUUCACCGGAUCCCCGGAGUGGACGUGCUGCUGGGAUAUGCCGACAUCCAUGGAGAUCUGCUUCCAAUCAACAAUGAUGACAACUUCCACAAAGCACUGUCCUCAGCCAAUCCGCUGCUUCGGAUUAUCAUUCAGAGGAGAGAUGUAGAUGACUCCGUGCCCUUCCCAACAGGCUCACUUCAGAGAAGGAAAAAGGGCCUAGCUGGUCUACAUCAACCAAAGCAGAAGUCCAAACCAGCGCUGCUGAUCGGCCUUCCGCAGGAUUUCCGGCAGAUCUCUUCUAUCAUAGAUGUGGACAUCUUACCCGAUACGCAUCUCCGUGUCCGUCUGCACAAGCACGGCACCAACAAACCCCUCGGCUUUUACAUCCGAGAUGGCGUCAGCGUCCGCGUCACCCCGCAAGGUGUAGAGAAAGUCCCCGGUGUCUUCAUCUCUCGCCUCGUAAAAGGCGGUUUAGCAGAGAGCACAGGAUUGCUGGGAGUCAACGACGAGAUUCUUGAGGUGAACGGUAUCGAUGUGGCAGGUAAAUCACUGGACCAGGUCACCGACAUGAUGGUGGCUAACAGCCACAACCUCAUCGUGACAGUGAAACCUGCAAAUCAGCGGAACAACACGAUGCACCGUGCGAGUAAAACCUCAGCUGGUAACAGUUCUGUUGGCUCGGUAGGCUCCGCCCCCUCUCAUGACUCCGCCCCCAGUCCCGCCUCACAGAAUGCCAGCCAAUACAGCAACAGCAACAGUGUGGCUGAGGGUGACAGUGACGAUGAUCCUGACCUCAUCCUGGAGAACGACAACCUGUCGACAUACAUGCCACACCGUAUGACUAAUGGCAAUGGCAGCCACGCUAACACCCUGUCGUCGGGUGCAUUUGCACACAGGCCCCUCCCACAAAGUGUUUCCUUGCCAAGUAGCAGCUCUUUAAGCUCCCUGACCACACCCACACACAACGGCAGCCCCACCAAGACGAGCAGUAGCCAAGAAAGCAUGAGAGAGGAUGGCAACUUCAUUACAUUGUGAGCUACAGUAGGUUUUGAAGCCUUUUAUGCAUAUUUAUAAGAAAAUGAAGGAACUAUUAUAUCAUCAACUAUUAUUUCUCAGCCAUUACUAUCAUAAACAACAAGCUGUUCACAUUUUUCCCCAAUGAAUGAAGACCCUCGAUCCGCAUAGGUUGCACAAUCUAGCUUGUGUGUGAGGGCAUGAGGCUGUCAUUGUAUGGAAGUGCCUUAUGGCCCUUAGUUAUUCUUUUUCUUUUAGGACAAAUCAACCAUAUUCAUCUCUAUUGACUCAGAAGUGUGCUGGCUACUACUGUGGUGCCUAAUGUUAACACCUGCACCUCGGAGGAUGUGAGAGACAAACAAAUUGCCUCUGUGGAAAUGAUGCGUGUCAUGUUUUGGAUUCAUUCUCACUUUUUAUGAGGCCUCUUGCAUUGAUGAUGAUGCUAAUGAUGAUGGAAGAUGAUGAGGAGGAGGAGGUGGAGGAAAAUAUAAGAGUGUUAAACCGGAUCUGAUCAGUGUUGAUUAUGCUUGUUUGCUCAUCUCCUCUCAUUCUGAUGCUGAUCGUGCUUUCUCAAACUCAAAAUGUAUACAAAAUGUGCUCUACAUUUAUAAUUUUAAUGUGUUAUUUUUUUCAAUCAAGUCAUCAAUUGAAAGCAUUUAUUAAUCACAAUUUUAAUGUCUCGAGAAAGGGAGAAGAUCAUUCCAAAUUUGAAAACGUUUCAAGAUAUUUUCUGUCACUCUAUUGUUUGUAUAAAAGCCAUUUUAACUCCCAAGUUGGCUUAGCUUUAACAUUCAUUAUCUCUGGUGUCAAAAAAGCAAGGACAUGGAAACCUCUUUUUGGGUUCCUCUUCUGUCUAGUGUUGAAUUAAAAGUGUAUUCACACAAAAAUAAAACUUCUUGGAGAUUUACUCAACCCUCAUUGUGGAACACAAAAGAAGAUAUUUUAAAGAUUCUUGGUUAUCCAAUAGUUUGGAGACCACGGACUUACAAAAAAAAAAAAAAAAGAUACUUUUCUCAAAAUGUCAUCUUUUAUGUUCUACAGAGAAAAAAAAAAGUUAAACAGGUUUGGAACAACAUGAGGGAAGUUUUUUUUUUUUUUUUUUUUUUACAUUCUGAUACAGGAUGUCAACUCAUUUUUCCCUCUUUGUUUUUAAGUUUUUCUCCCCCUCUGGAAAAAUAGGAAUCUAUAUACUUAACUGGCACCAGUGCAGUGUAACUUCAGAAAGACUUGACCUCUCAUUGACUCAGUCUGUCCGUUCUCCGGUGUGCUCAGUUUUUCUGUAAAGAGCAAAAAAAAGGAAAUUCCUUUUAAUGUUUGGAAAGGCCAGCAUUCAGCACAUUGGGAGCUUUUUCACACAGUCCACUCCUGAUGGCCAAAGCUGUGAGGCUUUCUUAGCCAUGUUGAGUGUGUGCUGUAUGUGUGUGUUCGCUCUUAUUUUUAAAGUAUAAUCUUACAGAAACGGCACUGAGGUGGAGACUGUCAGUCCUGGAGCCAAAUAUUGGUUUCUCUAAUGUCCUACAGACCUUAGCACUGUUUUUCAGGCAAUGAGUUCCCAGGUGAACGCUUGUUUAGACUGUGGAGAUACCGGCCUCGGGACGUCCUGCGCUUCAAAGGCUGCCUAUCAAACCAUGACGGAGAAAGGAUGGUGAAAUGCAUAAAACCUCUCAGCGCUUUUUCCAGCUGUACUGAUGAGCUAAUUCUUCUUCAUCUUGAUAUUUUGGGGAAUAAAUGAAGAUGCUACUAAUAUAUGUAAACCUGGGCCACAAAACAAGUCAUAAGUCACACUAGUAUAUUUGUAGCAAUAGCUAAAAAUGCAUUGUUUGGGUAAAAAAUAAUCAAUUUUUCUUUUAUGCCUAAAAUCGUUGGGAUAUUAAGUAAAGAUAUUUUGUACAUUUCCUACCAUAAAUUUAUCAAAACUUAAUAUUUGAUUAGUAAUAUGCAUUGUCUAAGACUUCAUUUGGACAACUUUAAAGACAAAUUUCUCAAUAUUAAAUUUUUUGCAUCCUCAGAUUCAAGAUUAUUAUUAUUAUUUUUUUUUCUUGAGUUUUAAAUUUUCAGUUAGAAGCAGGUACCAGUAAACUGAUCUUUCCGUGUCAUAAAUGAUGGGCGUGAUUCAUGAAGGUGUAGUCUCAUCUGCUCAGCAUUAUCUGGUUUAACUUGAUCAGCAAAACAAAUGAGGUGUUAUUUCGCCACAAUACUGAUAUUUAUCAAGGUAGCCUUGAGUCUGAACGAGAAUGUAGUUUAUUUGAACCAUCUAAGCGUAACAUCUGCACAACUGACACUCGGGGUUUCACAGCAGACGGUGAGGACAAAUGAAACCAGAGGGUGAUUUGAAACGUAUAGCAAGAGACAUCUGGACAAGCGUGAACCUUCACUUUUUUAUGAUAUCUAUAUUUAAUUUAAUAGGUUUUAUUGGCAUACUCUAGGUGAAGAGAGCGCUGAAUUUUAAAAAGAAAGUGAUGGCAUGUAAACUACAUAAAACUGCACACAACUGGAGCCCCGAUAAUACCACAUGAGCAUUUGUGUGUGUGUGUGUGGCAAUGUAUAUAUAUAUAUAUAAAUAGAAAUAUGAAAUGACGGACACUUUUGUACAAUAGGAGCCCUUUUUUUUAUAAAAAAGUGCAUUUUAUAUAUAUGUAUAAAAUAUGGAAAGUAUUUUUCUUAUUCUUGUAUUUUUGUAUGUAUAUCGGAAUUUUGGAGAGGAGGUUUCUGUUUCUUUUGAGUAUCGCAAACAAAACGAAAAUCUUUUAGAUGCUUGUGUUUUUAUUAUAAUCAGAUGGCUCAAGGUGUACAAUACUGUGAAUGUUCUAAGCUGAUUAUAAAAUGUUCUAUCACGAUAAUAAAAGUAUUUAACAUUUA